GAAACUAGUGUUAGUUUACUGAAUGUGGAAAUGAAAAUAUAGAAAAGGUUGAAACUCUGAAAAUAUGCAUGGAAUUGUGAAUGAUAGCAUGGAUAAAGGUUCAAUAAUGGACUCAGAAGACCGAAAAGAAAGGAUUGUUGAUAUCUACGUCAGUGCAGAGGCUGUAAGAGACAUGAAACAUAAGAAAGAGACAGAAAACUUCAACACAGAAGAACCCCAAACACCUCGACACACAGAAGACUUCAACACAGAAGAACCCCAAACACCUCGACACACAAGAAGUGAUGGUGUGACAAUCUCCAGAGCAGCUGGUGUGUGUUUGGGGCUGGUGUGUGUUCUUCUGAUAACUGCAGUCAUAGUGUUGUGUGUCCUCAUCUAUACAAAGAGCACAAACUACGCUCAAGAGAGACAACAGCUGCAGACUAAGAUCACCAACCUGCUAACCAACAAUAUGAACCUCACAGAAGAGAGACAACAGCUGAAGACUAAGAUCACCAACCUCACAGAAGAGAGAGACCAGUUGAAAUCAGAAAGAAAAGAUCUUCUGAAGAAGUUUGCAGAUGGAUGGAAGUGCCAUCAAUCCAGUCUUUACUUCAUUUCCUCUGAGACGAAAAACUGGAAUGAGAGCAGAAGAUACUGUACAGAGAGAGAAGCAGAUCUGAUCAUCAUCAACAACAGAGAGGAACAAGAUUUUGUGAAGAAUAUUUCUGGUUCUGGUCAUUUCUGGAUUGGUUUGACUGAUGUUGAAGUGGAGGGCAGAUGGAAAUGGGUUGAUGGCAGCAACAUCACCAUCACCUCUGGGUGAGAAAUCACUGAACUGAACUGAUUAUUAUCUAAUAAAUGAUUGUCUCAGUCAGUAUCAUAUCACACAGAAAGCAGCUCUGAUCUAACUCUGAUCUGUUGAAGCAGAUUCUGGGCACCCAAAGAGCCAGACAGCUAUCAGGGAACAGAUGAAGACUGUGCUAAUACUCAUUUAUCAGGAUGCUUUGAUACUCAAUGUAAUAAUAGUAUUAAAUGGAUCUGUGAGAAGAGUAUCCUUAAAUGAUACAUUAUAAUAAAAAUGUACAUAUAUGCAUUAUGAACAAAUAAAUAUGUCAGUAAUGUUACCUGUUUUUUUAAUGGCACAUUAAUUAGGUGAUUCUGUAAAAACAAAUAAAAAAUAAAUAGA